UAUAAACCUCAUAAACCUCCCCUAAUUUUGAUAAUCAAACCCCACUAACCCCCUCCAAACACUUACGUACGAAUUCACCGAAAUCAAUACAAUAUGUGCGCCAAUCAAGAAAGGCAGCCAUUCAUUGGCGGUAACUCGUCGACUGGAGCGGCGGUUGGCGGCGGCGGGUGCGAAGAAGAGGCGGCGGCUUCUCCGUUCGGGUGCGGCUGUUCGACGCUGUUCUGCGGACAGCCGUGGUGCCGGAGACAGGCGGCGGAGAUGAUGAGGGAGCCGCCGCAGCUUUUGGCGAGGAAAAAGUGGAGUGAUUUGUUGAGGAAAGUGGGGAGAGCUUUCACUCCGGCGGUGAGGCGUGAUCAGAAGGCCCAGUUCAUAUACGACGCGCGGAGCUAUGCUCUGAAUUUCGAUGACGGCGCGGCGGCGGAAGAAGAUGGGCUUUUGCGUAAUUUCUCGUCCAGGUUUGCCGCCCCUGCAGCCGGUCAACAAAGGAAGGCGGGAUUGUGAUAGGGCCAGAUUUGUCACUCCAGAUAUAUACCUCGUCAUUAUUUUAUUUUUAAUUUGAUUUUUUCUUCGUCAUAAGGCGGUAUAUUGAUUAUUUCUCCUUUCAAAAUGAAAAUAUUGAUUCAUUCGUUAGUGACCUGAUUUAUCUCUUGGGUUAAAUAAUACUCUCUCUGUCCCAAUUUCUUUUGCAAAGUCAACAAUUUUUUGUCAACCAAUAAUAAAAGUCAACCCUUCGUAUGGAUAAUAAAUUCAGUUUUUAAUAAUUAAAAUUUACAUAUUCAAAAACUACAUUAAAAUCUCUUCAAAGUUGUAAACUCCAAAUUAGAAUAUAAUUAAAAAUUGACAUCUUAAUUAAGUGAACAAAACGAGACUGUUUGACUAAGAAAAGUCAAAUUUGCAACUCUUUUUGGGACGGAGGUAGUAUAACCCAUAUUGGGAUAUCUAAUUUUUGGAUGGAACAACUCAACAAAGUUAAGCAUCGAGUGAAUCUUAUGAGUUUAUUAUGAUUAGUAAUUCUUAUUUUUAGUUUGCAGGUUUUUAACUUUUUUUUAUUAAAGUCAUACUAGGUAUUUUUUUAUUUCACGUACUAGUUGUAGUUAGUGUAAAGGGUCAUUUUUACUAUCUUUUUAUAAAAAAAUCUGUAAACACUUAAUAAAAUAUAAUUUUUCAUAAAUAAAUAAUUUCACCCAUUUCAGCACGUCCAACCAAUUAAGUCAAUUCGAGGUUUACUAAAUAGGUUCUAUGUAUGGACUAUUAUUACCACAUAAUAAUAUGGUGUAAUUAUUCAUUAUGUAUUUCCAUACUUAAUAAUGUCGAUCCAUGAACAUUUUUUAUGAAAGGAUGGUAUAAUUAUUUUCAUGUAUACUCUUAAUUCAAUGCUACUACGUAUUAGAUUUCAUUGUAUUCAUACGUAUACUAUUUUCACAUCUUGAACGUAAUUACAUCAAAAGUUUUCUAAUCAAUAAUUACAUAGUCCUCUCAUGAAAUAAUACGAGUAAUAGUGACAUGGUCAUAUAUGCAUGCAGUGGCUAUGUUUGAAGAUAUAGCGCGCACUGCAUUACUUAAUUUUGUUGGUUUAAUUAAUGUUCAUGUAGUUAAAUAGUAUCUGUUGUUCUAUUCUUAAUUUAGUGUCAUUGGUUUAUCAAAGUUAAAGUUAAAUUGUACAAACUCCC